GGGCCGGGACCUCCUGUGAAGGGAAACAACGGCGCUUAAUUCCUUUCUUGCCUUUCAGCACUGGCCUUCGGGUGCCUCCGCCGACUGCACACUGUGUACCAGUCAGCAGAGCUGCCAGAAACCUACCAGAUGCUGCGUCAGACGUGCCGGGACUUUGCAGAAAAGGAGUUGAUGCCCCUGGCAGCUCAGCUGGAUAAGGAGCACCGCUUCCCGGCCGAGCAGGUGAAGAAGAUGGGUGGCUUAGGGCUGCUGGCUAUGGAUGUGCCGGAGGAGUACAAAGGAGCAGGCCUCGACUACCUGGCCUAUUCCAUUGCCGUGGAGGAGAUCAGCAGGGGCUGUGCGUCCACAGGUGUAAUUGUCAGCGUGAAUAAUUCUCUGUAUUUAGGGCCAAUACUCAAGUUUGGCUCUGAAGAACAGAAGCACAAGUGGAUUGCUCCCUUCACCAGCGGAGAGAAAAUCGGAUGUUUUGCCCUUAGUGAACCAGGAAAUGGCAGUGACGCUGGUGCGGCAUCCACGGUGGCACGCCUGGAUGGUGACGAGUGGGUUCUGAAUGGCACCAAGGCCUGGAUCACCAAUGCCUGGGACGCCUCGGCCACUGUGGUGUUUGCUACUACAGAUAAAUCCCUGAAGCACAAGGGCAUUAGUGCGUUCCUGGUUCCCAUGCCAACUGCUGGGCUGUCACUGGGGAAGAAAGAAGACAAGCUGGGAAUCCGAGCCUCUUCCACUGCCAACCUGAUAUUUGAGGACUGUCGGAUACCCAAGGCCAACCUACUGGGGCAGCUGGGAAUGGGCUUCAAAAUUGCCAUGCAAACGCUGGAUGCAGGAAGGAUUGGUAUCGCCUCACAGGCUCUUGGAAUAGCGCAGGCAGCUCUGGACUGUGCUGUGGAUUAUGCUGAAAAGAGAAUGGCCUUUGGGUCACCCAUCACAAAGCUACAGGCAGUGCAGUUUAAGCUAGCAGAUAUGGCUGUGGCCUUGGAGGGUGCGCGCUUGCUGACCUGGAGAGCUGCUAUGCUGAAAGACAAUGGGAAGCCCUUCACAAAGGAAGCAGCGAUGGCCAAGCUGGCUGCAUCAGAAGCUGCAACAGCCAUUGCUCAUCAGGCCAUCCAGAUCUUGGGGGGGAUGGGCUACGUGACAGAGAUGCCAGCAGAACGCCAUUACCGCGAUGCUCGUAUCACCGAGAUCUAUGAGGGGACCAGUGAGAUCCAAAGACUGGUGAUAGCAGGUCAACUGCUCAAGGCCUACCGUAGCUGAAGAAGCCAAGUAGAGAAAGACACUGCCCCAAAGUGCCUUGUAAUGGCGCACAACAGGGAUCAAGCCAUGGCCCUCUUGAACAUGGCUAAUGAUGGAAGUUUUCCUCACCAAUGAGUAACUGACCCUCUUGUUAAAAAUGUGCUGAUUCUUCUUUGGACAAAGUAUGGUGGACAGAAGGCCAUACCUAGCUUUGCAAGCGAUGGCUGUGAGUGCAGGACGGAGGAGGCAACCUGUCCUUGGAGGGGAGCGUAGGUCCUUUUCCUAAACCUGGAGCCUUGUUUUGGUUUGGUAGUGGUAAAAUGACUUUGCUGUUUAGUGAGGUCAGCAGCUCUCCUUGUGCGCUUCCCGGCCACUGCCUGUGCAAGGAUUUGUCACUAUGUGGUACUCGAUAACCAGUGCCAAAGUUAGAGGCACUGAGAGAGGCAACCCCUGCGUCCUGUUCCAGGCUGGGGGUUACAUUGCCUCUUCUGAUCAGACUUUGAUGAAUUUCAGGUGUGGGACGUGGCUAUGCAUGAGCUCCUAACUGGAUGCAGGCUGUGCUGAGGUAAUCCUUGCAGCAGUGCACUUCUCCCCACUGUCGGCAGGAGAGGAGCCAGAUGGGAGGACUCAGGUACUACCUACACACAAAGGGCUCCUGGCACAGCCUGUGGUUGCUGUCUGUGACGAUGUAAAAACAAAGGUCAGAAAAAACCCCUUGAUCUUGCCCAGCAGAGCCCAGCAGGUGUGGGUGUAAAAGCAGAGGAGAGAAAAGCUGCAAUGCCCGAGACCGAUUAAAAAAAAACAAACAACCAACACACAACAAAAAAACCCCCUCUGCUCCCAGAGCUGCUUUUACGAUACCAACAACUACCCAACAGGAAAGUGCCUGAAGUGGCAGAAACAGUCUUUAAUCUCUACAUGUUGGGCAACAACAAGGAAAUGCAGAGAUGACAUAGAAAAACCUUACCAGUAGCACAUCUCCUCAAUCAGUUACCUUUGGCAAGAAAUUAACUUCUAGGAGAUUCAACAGAAAAAAGAAAAGCUCUAAAUCUGGAAAAGAUGCAGAGGAUUAAGACUGCAGCCUGUCUGGGCCGCCCCCUUGUCCAAACAACAAGUAAAUGGUUAUUUUCCUGUGGUGCCAUUUAUCUAGGUUUGUGUGGAGAGAACCAGGAGGAUUCUAUUACGCAUAAGAAAGCAGAGAAGACAAAUAAAACCUGAU